UAACCGCUCAAUUAUUCAAACAAAUCAAUGGUCAAGUAUAUGUUUCUUUAAUUUGUACAUAAGGUGACGAUUCAUCGUAUAACUCCUAUCAUCUUCAAGUAUUUCCAAAUAAAAACAAAUUUAUAACUCGAACAGAUACCAAAAUCUCUGUUAAAUACAUUAAGAAAAGCCAAUCUGGAACCGAACAGAGGUCAUGAGUGGCAAGAAUAUUACGUAGCACCUGUACAUUGUGAAGAUUUUUUCUAUGUUUGACCGGCAGAUCAGACAUUCUUCUUCGAUAUGAGCAAGAGAUGUCUCAAUUCCUUCGUGUUAUACUUUUUGGUUUCCAGUGGUUUGAUGUCUACAAUAUGCUCAAUGCCUCUAUAAGUUGUGUUUGUAAACCAACCAUAACCACACCCACAAGUCUAGAAAUGGCCAGUGACCAGACCAGAAACUCCAUUUACAGCUACAUCCACAAUUGUUUCUUGCAGAGAAUUGGGGUAGACAAGGCAAAGGGUAUAAUCUUCGAGACAAUUUUUGAGAAACUUGAUAUCAAGCAAAUAUAUUCACUCUCUCCGACCAUAUUCAGGAUCGUAGACUUGGGUUGUGCUGCCGGGCCUAACACAUUUGUUGCAGUUGAAAACAUAGUAGAACUUGUAAAGCUAAAAUGCCAAUUUCAUGGGCUGGAUCCAGACGGUCUUGAGUUUCAAGUGUUUUUCAAUGAUCUAGUCUCCAACGAUUUCAAUCUGCUUUUCAAGACCAUCCCCAGCAACAAAGAAUACUAUGCCUCAGGCGUCCCUGGAUCCUUUCAUGGUCGCCUGUUUCCUCCAGCUUCUCUCCAUUUCGCCUACUCCUCUCAUGCACUUGCACAUCUCUCAAAGGUGCCCGAUGAGCUUCUAGACAUAAGUUCUCCAGCUUGGAACAAAGGGAAAGUUUAUUUUACAAGCUCUCCAAAGGAAGUUGGUGAGGCUUACACCAGGCAGUUUGCAAAGGACAUGGAGUCCUUUCUGAAAGCCAGGGCCCUGGAGCUUGUUCCUGGAGGGCUUAUGGCUUUUCUCUUAACAAGUUGUCAUCCAGAUACUAAAUGUGUUCUCACUGCAGUCCUUGAUCUUUUGGGAUCUACCCUCAUGGAUCUAGUCAAAAUGGGAAUGGUUAGUGAAGAAAAAGUAGAUUCCUUCAACCUGCCGCUGUACUUCCCGAAUCCAAUAGAAUUAAAGGAUUUGAUUGAGAAAAAUGGGAGUUUUAGCAUCGAAAGAAUGCACGCCCUGGAACUUCCUUGUCCUGAUGAAAUUUGGGAAGGUGUUUUGCACAUGAGAGCAAUACUGGAGAAGCCCAUCCAGGAUCAUUUUGGAGUCCAUAUUGUUGAAACUUUAUUCAAUCAACUGCAGAACAAAAUCGUAGAAAACUCCGUCGCUUUUGACUUAAGCUAUAAGCGUGCAUUUGUACUAUGCGCUGUUUUGAAGCGUAAAAUACAUUUGGAAAAUAUUUAGUUAUGUAAAUAUGUAUACAU